AACGGAGUCUGGACCUUCCAUCGACUCGAGUGGAGUUCAUGGUACCCUGUUAUCACUCGGACCCUUUUGGGCCUUCCUCGGUUCCUUCAAUCCCUGAGGAAAUAAGGUACGAACACGGAACCUUACGGAUAUCACAAAAGACCUCGACAACCGCAAUAAUCAAUAUGUAGCUCCCAAUGCUGACUUUGACUUUUCAGAUCGGUAAUGUGCUUUUUCCUCGCGAGCUUGGUCCUAAUGUACCUACCCACUCAUUGGAAUCUAGAGCAUUCCUUAUUCUCCCGCUCGUCUUCCUUAUUUUUUAACUUCGGAAUACUUAGGCGCUGGUAUUCUCGUUCCAGUCAACUUAACCCUCCGCUCGACACCUUUACAGCCAUGAGUAGGCUUCGCCCCCCACCUCCCCUUAAGCUGCCUUUUCUAUCCUAGUUGUCUUUCCACCACACUUGUGUUGUUGCCAACGUUGCACUCGGUCUUUGGACGAUUUUGUUUGUACGCGUUGCAUUAGCUUUUCUACUCAGUGCAG